AUGUCUAAUGCCCUGCGCUGGGUAGUGCUGGUGGCCUUCAUCUCAUUGACGAUUUGUGGAAACAUGCUGGUUUGUCUGGCUGUGGCAACUAGCCGCCAUCUGCACCAGAUCAGUAGCUGUUUUAUAGUAUCACUGGCUGUGACAGACUUGCUGCUGGGCUUGCUGGUACUGCCCCUUUCUGCCAUGCUGGAACUACGCAAUGGGAGAUGGCCUCUUGGGGGAGUCCUUUGUAACAUCUACAUCUCUCUAGAUGUGAUGCUCUGCACUGCAUCCAUCCUCACUCUCCUGGCCAUUAGUGUUGAUCGUUAUCUUGCCAUCUGCAGUCCUCUCUGCUAUCCCAGGAAAGUCACACCUUUACGUGUGGCGAUCACCCUAACAGCUAUCUGGGUGUGCUCUCUGGCUGUGUCCUUUUUGUCCAUUCACCUAGGCUGGAACACACCUGACUUCAGACUGCAGAAUCAGCACUGGGACAUGUGGGACGAGGGAGAGGAAGGCAGAACGUGCCGCUAUGAAUGGAAUAAUAACUAUGUGCUCCUGGGUGCAUUUGGAAUCUUUUACCUCCCUCUACUGGUCAUAUGCGGAAUGUAUCAUCGGAUAUUCUGUGUUGCACGUGAGCAGGUGCGCCGUAUCAGGGCAACCACUCCGUCCUUUGCUCAGUCUGACUCUGCAGCCGCCACUCUGCGGGAACAUAAAGCUACAGUGACCCUGGCCGCGGUUCUUGGCGCUUUUGUAAUUUGUUGGUUCCCCUAUUUCACCUACCUUAUAUGCAUGGGCAUGUGGGCAGAGAAAACCCCAUCUAAUCUCCUCCACUCUGUUGUUCUUUGGUUGGGUUACCUCAACUCUGCACUGAACCCCAUCCUCUACCCGGCACUCAACAGGGAUUUCCGUCGGGCAUAUGGCCAGUUGCUUCGCUGCAGAUGUGCAAAUCAAGGGGGAUUUUUAUUUUUCCCUCCAUUCCAAAACAAACAGACUCUCAUCAUUCACAGGCACCAGAAUGACCCAAAGCAGACAGACUCAUCUUAA